AUGGUUGGACCUUUGACUAUCAUUGAAAAACGCCUCUUACCUACCACCAAUUGCGAUUUCCUUUUAUCCACCACCACUGACAACAUCAUCUUACCCAUCACUCAUGACAAAGUGGUCGGAGAUGACGACUUCCUCCCUACGGAAGAUGUGAAGGAAGCAGAAUUUAAAGGGUCGAAUGAGAUGGUGAAGAAGAUAAUGAAGAAGAUAGGAGGCGAGAAGAAUUUGGAUCCCGGAGUGAAAGAAUCACUGAAGAAAUGUUUGCCGGACAGCAAGGUGGUGAUGGGGAGAGCCCAGCGUGGAAUUUUCGCCGGCCGUCAUAUUCAAUUCGGCAACCAAGUCAGCGAGAAAGGUGGAAACAAGACUCGAAGGAACUGGAAGCCCAAUGUACAAGAAAAGAGGCUGUUCAGUUACAUUCUUGAUAGACACAUUCGAGUAAAAGUAACAACGCAUGCUCUUCGUUGUAUAGACAAAGCAGGUGGAAUUGAUGAGUAUCUACUAAAGACACCUUACAAGAAGAUGGACACUGAAAUGGGGCUCUUAUGGAAAGCCAAGAUUGAGAACAUGUAUCAAGAGCUUGGAAACAUGGAGGUUGUUUUCUUUCCACAAGAAGAGGAAACCAAGCUUGCAGAGGAGUUUAAAGAGAUGAGAAUUCAACAGAGGGUUGCUCGUAGGGAUGCAAGAAGGGAGGCGUAUGGUUGGUGUCCCAAAAUUGAGCAGAUUGAAGAAGGGAGUGAAGAUGUUGAAGUUGUUCAUCAUGAUGAAUUGGUUGCUAAUUCAUAAUUUGUUGUGAGAUGUUUACGAAAAGAAUUUUAAAGUAAUCAUAAGGGGUUGAGUUGCAGGUUUUUGGGUUUUGAAUUUUGUUAAGAAGUUGGU